GCGCCGCAACUCUACUGUUUCCGUAGCCAGUGUGUGCUACCAGCAGCUGAGCCCUCAGCCCAGGGAAACAGCUCACUCACGGAAACCGACCAUCCCGACCGAAUCAUGUCACAGAUGCCCCCGUCCAUGGUGGAUUAACGCCCGCAAUCGGAAGAGAACCGCUCGCUGAUCCAUGUCCACGCGCGGCGCUCCGCCGUGCCUCGCAGGGAGCUCGUCGGCGACACCUUCCAUAACAUGGGAGAUUAAAAAGAGAUAUUAAGUGUGCGUCUUGGGCUAGUACGCUAGCAAGCUACCCCCUCCUCCCCCCCCUCCCCUUAGUUGAUCUGUCACCCACACCCUCACCCUCCGUUCUCAAUUUCAACGGUGGAAAAUGAAGAAGUUUAACAUCAGGAAGGUGCUGGACGGCUUGACGGCGUCUUCUUCCUCGUCCGCCCCGGCGGCACCGGGGAGCCGAGACAGCGAGCUGGUCCAAGAGAGUCUUCAGUCGGAGCAUUUCCAGCUUUGCAAGACUGUGCGUCAUGGCUUUCCACAUCAACCAUCCUCCAUGACCUUUGACCCUGUGCAGAAGAUCCUGGCCGUGGGGACGCUGGGUGGAGCAUUGAGACUGUUUGGCCGUUCUGGCGUGGAGUGCUACUGCCAGCACGAGAGUGGAGCCGCCGUCAUCCAGCUGCAGUUCCUCAUCAAUGAGGGGGCGCUGGUGAGUGCCUUAGCCGACGACAGCAUUCACCUGUGGAACCUGAGGCAGAAGCAGCCUGCUAUUCUGCAUUCCCUAAAGUUCAGCAAGGAGAGGAUCACGUACUGCCACCUGCCCUUCCAGAGUAAGUGGCUGUACAUCGGGACGGAGCGGGGGAACAUCCACAUCGUCAACGUGGAGUCCUUCACCCUCUCGGGCUACGUCAUCAUGUGGAACAAAGCCAUUGAGCUAUCCACCAAGUCCCACCCUGGCCCUGUAGUCCACAUCAGUGACAACCCAAUGGACGAAGGCAAGCUUCUGAUUGGUUUUGAAUGUGGGAUAGUGGUGCUGUGGGACCUCAAGUGUAAAAAGGCUGACUACCGCUACAGUUACGAUGAGGCCAUCCACUCGGUGGCCUGGCACCACGAGGGGAAGCAGUUUGUGUGCAGCCACUCUGACGGCACCCUGACCACUUGGAAUGUACGAGUCACCGCCAAGCCUAUCCAGACCAUCACACCACAUGGCAAGCAGCCCAAAGACGGGAAGAAACCAGAACCCUGCAAGCCCAUCCUCAAAGUGGAGUACAAGACCACGCGGGCCGGGGACGCCUUCAUGGUGCUGUCGGGGGGGCUGUCCUACGACACGGUGGGGCGCAGGGCCUGCCUCACCGUGAUGCACGGCAAGAGCACCGCUGUGCUGGAGAUGGACUACCCCAUCGUAGAGUUCCUCACGCUAUGUGAAACUCCAUACUCCAACGACGUCCAGGAGCCGUAUGCUGUGGUGGUCCUGCUCGAGAAGGAUUUAGUGGUGAUCGACCUCGGACAAAUUGGCUACCCCAUAUUCGAGUCUCCGUACCCCCUGAGCAUCCACGAGUCGCCGGUGACCUGCUGUGAAUACUUUGCCGACUGCCCCGCCGAGCUGAUCGCAGCGCUGUACUCGGUGGGCUCCAGGCAGAAGAGACAGGGUUACAGCAAGAAGGAAUGGCCCAUUAGUGGUGGAAACUGGGGCCAGGGGACCCAGAGCUACCCGGAGAUAGUCAUCACUGGACAUGCCGAUGGCUCCCUUAAGUUCUGGGACGCCUCUGCUUUAAUGUUCCAAAUGCUGUACAAGCUGAAAACUGCCAAAGUGUUCGAGAGGCCCCGCGGCAAGGAAGACAAGCCGAGCACAGAGCUGGUGGAGGAGGAUCCCUUUGCCAUCCAGACCCUUUCCUGGUGCCCUGAGAGCAGGAUACUGUGCGUGGCCGGAGUCUCUGCCCACGUCCUCGUUUAUAGGUUCAGCAAGCAGGAGGUCACCACAGAAGAAGUGCAGAUGCUGGAGGUGCGCAUGCAGAGUGAUCUGAGUGAUGUGGAGUCCCCGGAGCCAGCGGGGGAUCAGACCCCCACACUGCCCGCCCCGGGGGCCGCCUCCUCCAGCCCCCAGGAGGGAGAGCCCCCCCUGCAGGCCGCCGCAGGCAGCACCCCAUCGGACCCUCCCCGCGGCAACGUGCCAUCUCUCCAGGUGCGUGGCUCUCCUCUGAAGCAGUCUCCGGGCUACCAGCUGGACCUGGUGGUCCAGCUGGUGGGGGUGAGCGGCGAGCCCCCCCAGCAGAUCACCAGCCUGGCCCACAACUCCUCCUACGGCCUUGUGGUUUUGGGUAACAGUGGUGGACUGGCCGUUGUGGACUACCUCCAGCGCACGGUGCUCCUCAACAUGGGCACGUCGGAGCUCUACACCCCCUCGGACCCCUACCAGAGGCAGCCGCGCUCCCCCCGCAAGACCCGCCACCCCUCUGGAGCGUUGUGCGACGGUAACGACGGCCCCACAGCCUCAGAAGACCGCUGCAAAUCGCCCACUUCAGGAUCUGCCUCUCCCUGCAAUUCAGACGAAGAGCCAAAGCAACAAAGGUUCCUUGCUCUGGUGAAGACAAAGAGCAGGCGCUUCUCCAAGACGGUGUCCAGUGACUUUGCCAAGAUCUCAAGGAAAAUAAAUUCCUCCACUGAGCAAAAGCCAGACACUGUGGUGUCGCGGCGGUCUUGGUGCAGGCGUUCUCUCCCCUCUAGGAAGCAUUGCAUGAGUCUGAGGAGAGGCCCGGACGUGGCGCGGCUCACCCUGGACGUGCGCAGAACGCACUCAGAACAGGACCUCAACGCCAAGGACAGCUCCUUCAGCCGCUCCCGCAGCUCCAGCGUCACCAGCAUCGAGCGCGAGUCCCGUGAGGUCAUCUCCUCCUUCCACUUCUGCGAGACGUUCCCCCGCAAGGUGACGGAGGGCGGGCCGGGCCCCUGCCUGAUGGUGGGCACCAGCCAGGGCGCGGUGUUGCUGCUGGACCUCAGCCUGCCCCCCGCGGCCGACCAGCGGCUCUCCCAGCCUGUGGGCGUGUCCAGCUGCGGCACCCUGGUGCGACUGAAGGGUGGGGUGAUGACCAUGGCUCUCCUGGACGCCGCCGGCGCACUGCUGCCCCCUGCCUAUGAGCCGUGGUACGACCCCAACGCCUCGGACGAGGACAAGGAGAAGGAGCGGAGCAGGAGGCGCGGGCCGACGUCCCCGGCCGCCUCCCAGGAGGGCGGCGCGGCGGACGGGCAGUACGCGGUGGUGUGCCUGGAGAAGCAGGCCACGGUGGUGGCCAUGCCCUCCCAGACGGCCGUCUUCAAACACAACAUCACCGAGAGCUCCUUCGUGCUGCGGGCCGACGUGGUGCAGAUGGCCGCCAGCAACUGCAUCGCCUGCUUCUGCGCCAACGGGCACAUCAUGACCCUGAGUUUGCCCAGCUUGCGCCCCCUGCUGGACGUCAACUACCUGCCUCUCACCGACAUGCGGAUAGCACGGACGUUUGCCUUCUCCAACCUGGGCCAGGCGCUGUACCUGACCUCCCCCGCGGAGGUGCAGAGGAUCACCUACAGCCAGGAGACCUGUGACAACCUCCAGGAGAUGCUGUGUGAGCUGUUCACCCCUGUGGAGACACCAGAAGCUCCGAACCGAGGCUUCUUCAAGGGCCUGUUUGGGGGAGGGGCUCAGUCCCUGGACCGGGAAGAUCUCUUCGGAGAGACCGCUGCGGGGAAGGCCUCCCGCAGUCUGGCCCAGCACAUCCCGGGUCCCGGGGGCAUGGAGGGCAUGAAGGGGGCUGCGUCGGGGGUGGUGGGGGACCUGGCCCGCGCCCGCAUCGCCCUGGACGAGAGAGGACAGAAGCUGGGCGAGCUGGAGGAGCGCACGGCGGCCAUGAUGGCCAGCGCCGACUCCUUCUCCAAACACGCUCACGACAUGAUGUUGAAGUACAAAGACAAGAAGUGGUACCAGCUCUGAUGUCGGCACGGCUGAGAACUUCAGACUCUGUAGCAACACACUCCAGUCUUC